AUGGAGUGCGUAACAGUCUGCUGCUGGCUCCUAUGCCCACUGCCUCCACUGCUCAGAUCCUGGGAAACAAUGAGUCAAUCGAGCCAUACACUAGCAACAUCUACACACGCAGAGUUCUGUCUGGAGAGUUUCAGAUUGUGAACCCACAUCUUCUCAAAGACCUCACGGAACGAGGACUUUGGAAUGAAGAAAUGAAAAACCAGCUAAUUGCUCAGAACGGAUCCAUCCAGGGCAUUCCCACAAUACCAGAUGACCUGAAGGAGCUGUAUAAGACUGUGUGGGAGAUCUCUCAAAAGACCAUCUUAAAGAUGGCUGCAGACAGAGGAGCCUUCAUUGACCAGAGCCAGUCCCUCAACAUCCACAUCGCUGAACCCAACUAUGGCAAACUGACCAGCAUGCACUUCUAUGGCUGGAAGCUGGGUCUUAAAACAGGAAUGUACUACCUGAGAACUAAACCAGCUGCCAACCCCAUCCAGUUUACUCUCAACAAAGAAAAACUGAAGGAGACGCAGAAAAGUACAAGCAACGAGGAGGAAACCAAAGAACGCAACAUAGCUGCUAUGGUGUGUUCGCUGGAGAACCGUGACGAGUGUCUGAUGUGCGGUUCAUGAACUCCUGUUGACAAGGACCAUUAGGAUGGUUGCCAAUUUGCGUCUUGUAUAGUAUUAUUUACAUCUUGUACUUUUUUUAAAUGACCAUAAAAAAAUAGUAAUUUUCAUUGUAUUAAUUUACUUUUGCAUGUGUAUACAAUAAAUGCAAAGAAUUACAAUAAAAAAUAAUUUUGGGUA